AUGACAAAGACAGAGAAGGAUAGACCCGAACAGGUUGAUAUAAUCAUUGUCGGACUCGGUAUCGCCGGCCUGACUGCGGCCAUCGAAUGCCACCGCAACGGUCAUAAUGUCAUUGCAUUUGAUAGGACACCUUCGUUAUUACAUGUCGGAGACAUCUUCAGCAUCGGAAGUAACGCCGUAUCAGUGAUUCGGCACUGGGAAGAUGGAGCCGUUUCGUCUUCGCUAAACGAGGCGCGAUGCGCGAUUGACGAGAUCCAAAUUUUUGACCAGACCGGCAAGUUGCAGGACGUUAAUAAUAUGGAGGGGUAUCGGGAUGGGGAGGGGUAUGUAGUCAACCGCGCAGAAGCGAUCGGGAUUUUCUUCGAGUACGCGCAGAGACUGGGUGUCGACCUUCGUUUUGGCGCCAACGUCACCGACUACUGGGAGGAUGAGCACAAUGCCGGAAUUUUCGUCGACGGGAUGAGAAUUGAAGCAGAUUGUGUCAUUGCCACAGAUGGCAUUCAUAGUAAAGCGAGGGAAGCCAUCUGUGGUACGGCUGUUACACCCAAAAAGACAGGAAGUGCCAUCUAUCGAUCAGGGUACUCUGCGGAGGAGCUGAGCCAAACCCAUGCUGCCGAGUGGUUGACCAAAGGAAAGGAAGGGAAGGACCAGCUCUAUCAUUUCAUCGGCAAGGAUGUCACUUUCCUCGUGGGAACUGGCCGACGAGGGAAGGAUGUGUACUGGGGAUGCAUGCACAAGGUAUAUUCCCAUCCGGGUCUCAGACAUAUUCGCGAUACUAAGUCUCUGCAGAGUCUUCACGAUGUGUCGGAAGCGUGGUUACAGGUGUCUGAUGUUACUAGAGCCCUGAAACACAUCACGAGCUGGGAGGUCAAGCAUCGCCUGGAGCCUAUUAUCACUAGCACACCGCAGGGGAAAUGUUUUGACCACCUGGUUCUAACAAUGGACCCACUUCCUUCCUGGCUUUCAAAGAAAAAUAGGAUGAUUCUCCUAGGGGAUGCCGCUCAUCCUUUCCUUCCUAACACAGGUCAAGGGGCGAACCAAUGUAUUGAAGACGGGGCGACGGUGGCUAUUUGUCUCAAACUUGCGGGCAAAAGCGGAGUGACUACAGGUCUUCGAGUCGCGGAGCGGCUGAGAUAUCAGAGAGUCGCCAAGAUCCAGGAACUCGGUCACAAGAUGCUGGAGACACUCCAAAAUGCCAAGUGGGAAGGCGAAAAUGCGGAAGAAACUCCAACAAUGGUGACUCGCCCGGCUUGGAUCUGCUCCCAUGACUGCCAGCAACAUGCAAAUGCGGAAUUCCACAAAGUGGCUUCCAUGUUGGAUGACAGCAAAAACUAG